UAAUCUAAAGAAGUGUACAGGAAACUUUAUGAACCAUACAUCGCCUCACAUAACCAAAUGAACGAUGCUCAUAAACUUGUGCGCUGUUGUUCUCAUAAUGAUUCAUGGUGUGGAAGGUUUGAGUUUAAAUCAACCUCAAAAGGUUUUGAUAAAGGUAAAGGGUAAAACUGUGUCCUUCAGAUGUGAGGUCACCGGCUUGAGCUCUGGUGGCUAUGUUCACUGGUACCAAAAGAAAGUCGGUGAAACGUUUAAAAGAAAACUCUACAUCAGUCAUUCUGGGGUUGCUACAAGUGAAGCAAAAGAAUAUGCCUCUGAAAAAACUGGAAAUUCAUAUGGCAUAAAACUCAAAGAAAUAAAGGAGGAUCAUGCUGGCACGUAUUACUGUGCAUGCUGGGAUGGCAGCCACAUGGGCAACUGGAUCAAAAGGUUUGGAACAGGAACACGGCUGAUAGUAACUGAACCAAAGGGAGACACGGUCAUUGCGCCGAAGGUAUCGGCAUACCUACCAUCAAGAAAAACAAGUGGCAAACAGGCAAUGUUAUGCCAGGCCCGUGAAAUGUUUCCUGACUUGGUGACAUUCACCUGGAAAAAGAAGAGCAAUACAGGAGCUUGGACGGAUGUAUCGAAGGCUGAUGUUGUGGAACAGAGUAACGUUAAUUCUCAAAAUACAAGAGUCACCUCCGUGACAAGUAUGAUGAUUGUAGAUGGAAGCACGGCUGGAGAAAAUCUCUACAAAUGUAUUGUUAACCAUGAAGGAGGCAAGGCUCACGAUAUUGAACUGAAGAAAGAUAACAAAGAGUCAGCAAACAAACCGAAUGAGCCAGACCCAACAUGCCCACCCAACACUGAUGACACUGCGGAGACCUUUAAAAAUCAGAUAUCAGGCAAUUCGGAGCAAAUGCCCAGUCUGUACCUGUUUGUCUACGCGUAUGGUGUCAUGCUUAUGAAGAAUGGACUAUAUUUUUGUGCCAUCUCUAUCUUUCUAUUAAAGAGAAAAUUUGGAAAGAAAGAAUAAAGCUCUUAUAAAUGCAUAAGAUAAACAUCAAGCAAACAAAGAUGUAUCAUAUAGAGUAUGUUUAGCUGAUUUCUAAAGAAUAAAGGCAUAUCUGUUAACUUUGCUUAAAUGAAUUGUUUUUAAAUGUAGUUGUUGUAGAUCAGCUUUGCACAACUGGGUAAAACUUUACAAUAAGGUUCAUUAGUUAAACAUGAACUAAUAAUGAACUGCUCUGAUACAGCAUUUAUUAAUCUUUUAAUAAUACAUUAUUAAAAUCUUGUUAGCAUUAGUUAAUGCACUGUGAACUAACAUGAACAAACAAUGAACAACUGGAUUUUCAUUAACUAACGUUAACAAAGAUUAAUAAAUACAGUAACAAAUGUAUUGCUCAUGGUUAGUUCAUGAUAGUUAAUAAAUUAACUAAUGAACCUUAUUGUAAAGUGUUAUGCACGACUGUUUUAUUUUUUCAUCUUUGAAAUGCAAUAUUUUGAUAUACCAAGUGUAUAAUAUACCAACAUUUUUAAAUGUUUUGUAUCUGUCUUUGUGGCAUUCUUUGAAUUUGUUAAAUAAAAUCUGACAAACAUU